CAACGUGAGUGCCAUCCGAAUUUCGCUUAUUCAACAAUGUUAUGACAUGUCAAGGUAGUUGGUUACCCGCAAUCUUUCUUUUACAUAACAUGUCGUGGUUGCUGAGCUGAGAUUUGGUUUCCGCAUCUCAGUCAAGCUGAGAUCGCCGCUCAAGUAUUCUCAUAGAUUUAAGAGUGUAACCGUGGCAAGAGUCGUCCAAAAUGCGCGGAAUACCCGGUCUCAAAUUAGUUUUCGUUGCCCGCGAGAAUCUCUUGCUUCGAGUGGCCCAGCGGGGUUUUAGCCAGAAAACAGGCAAGGGACCGUUGGCAGCCCUCCAUGCGAAGGUUGAGAGCGGGGAACUCCGACCCGAUGACUAUCAACAGAAGGCUAUGGCUAAACUGGAGGAGCUCUACAAGAAAGUGUUGGUCUAUUCACCCCCACAACGGGCAAAAGGAGGCUUGUUCGGGCUCUUCGGUGCUCGUACUAAGCCAGUGGACUCUGCCCCUCUGGGACUCUAUCUUUGGGGGAGUGUAGGUGGCGGGAAAACAACGCUAAUGGACUUGUUCUACGACUGCUGUGAAACUGUUGAUAAAAAGCAGCGCGUCCAUUUCCACUCCUUCAUGACAAACGUACACUCAAAGAUCCAUGAAUUCAAGGAGGCAAUGAGCGCCAACCGCACCGACUCCAAGCCUAAGCCCUACGACCCGACCGAGCCAGUGGCCGAUCUGAUAGCGAGAGAGUCGUGGCUGAUCUGUUUCGACGAGUUCCAAGUGACUGAUAUUGCAGACGCGAUGAUUCUGAAGCGACUCUUCACGCAUCUCUUUGACCACGGCGUGGUGGUCGUAGCGACGAGCAACCGACACCCCGACGACCUGUACAAGAGCGGACUGCAACGAUCCAACUUUGUACCAUUUAUUGGCCUGCUAAAGUCCAAGUGUGAGGUGAUGCCCCUCGACAGCGGCAUCGACUAUCGGAAGUUGGCGAUCAAAGCGGACAGCAAUGCUUUCUUCUUAAAAUCUCAGGAAUCCGACGCACAAAUGGAUAAAAUCUUCAAAGUAUUAUGUUCUCAAGAAACAGAUCAUAUCCGACCCCGAACUAUAACUCACUUUGGACGUGACUUAACAUUCAGUAGAACAUGUGGUCAAGUUUUGGAUAGCACAUUCAAAGAAUUGUGUGAUCGUCCCUUGGGUGGCAGUGAUUACAUUCAAAUAGCUCAUUUCUUCCACACGGUCCUCAUCCGCGAUGUGCCUCAGUUCAAUAUUAAAUUAAAAUCUCAAGCCAGACGGUUUAUCACGUUGAUUGAUACGUUAUACGAUAAUCGCGUGCGUGUGGUUAUCUCAUCAGAUGUGCCUGUUGAACAGUUGUUCAGCAAAAACGAUGCCGACGCAGACGAGAUCACCGAUGAACAGCGUAAGCUUAUGGAUGAUUUGAAUAUAGAGCAUGGAUCGGCGGAGAGUAAAUCGAAUAUUUUUACCGGCGAGGAAGAGUUGUUCGCAUUCGAUAGAACUCUCUCACGACUGGCUGAAAUGCAGUCUAAAGAGUACUGGGAGCAAUGGGAGAAGCACCGAUGAACAGCACUUUACCCAUGAAAUUUAUCACGAUAGUUUAAGGCGACCUGGUCUUUUUCCAUUUAACUUAUGAGUGAGAAUUUUAUUUAAUAUUUACUGAUUUAUUACACAACAUCCGAUCUUAGGAACUUGAACUGCACAAAUCAAGUUAAGAUUCAAUAAAAAUGCAAUAAUUCAAGUACUUACUGUAAGGAUGCGUAGUCAUUUCAAAAAGGAAUAAUUGUAUAUAAAAGAGUAGACUUUACUAAAGUUAUAGCAUGCCAUAGGGUUUAGUUUUAAUUCCGUUGGUUGUUCAAAUUGAGAUGUUUAUUUUCGUUCAGUGGACAUUUAAUAUGCUUCAAAAGGCUAUAAGCACGGCUGUAUUACAAUAAAGCAAUAUUUAAAUCGAA